AUGAGCGGCACCGAACGCGAGCGCAUCUACAUGCUGCUUGGCGACGCCGACGUGGCCGAGUACCGGUACUGGGGCGGGCGGCUGGCCGCACUGCACGCGUUUGUGCGCGAGCGCCCGCCGCGGAACAGCAACGCGUUCGCCGUGGCGCUGGCCGCGCUACUCGUCUCGGUGGUCAUCAGCAUCCUGAGCCUGGCCCUCGGCUCCCUCCAGGCCUGGAUCGCGUGGAAUGCCUGGAGGGAACCGGUUCCUAGUAGUGAUGAUGCGACGACGGCUGCAGCCCUUCGCGAGGUGGUUGCGCUUCUUCGGUAG